AUCUUUUGUUAUUAUUAUUGUUACUCCUCCCCGUCGCCAUGACUCGGCUGGUGUCUUUGCGCCAAGUGAGGUCUGUCCAGUGAUUCAGUCUCUUCUCCAUUGGGCAAAAUGAAGGCGCCUGUGCGGCUCUUUCGCACCACCUUUCAGACCUACGUAAGAGCUUUGCUCUCCGAUACCGCAGCCCGGCCGCUGAGGCGGCGGUCGAUCUGCACCGACUGUCUGAACACUCUGCGACAGCAAAGAAGAGCGUUGAGAACCUCGUCCCGCCAGAUCCACGUCGCCAGCAAUGCAAGAACUUCCAGGAGUCUUCGCGAGACCGUCCGAGCGGCGAGAUCGGCCCAGCGGCAACAGAGGCGCGAGCUCGCCACCGUGGCCGACGUACCUGCUCGCGGGCCUUUGGAGGAGUACGAUGAGAGAGUGCAAACGAGGCGGCUGAGGGAGGAUGAACAUCAGAGAACCUUGGUGGAACACCUGCAAGAUCUCCACGAGACUCUGAAAGAGUACAACCCUCCCAAGAUCAUCCACCCGGACGUCAAUGAUCUUCAGCCACCCAAGAAAUCCCUGUUUGGCUCUUUGUUCGGCAGCGGGAACAAGAAGAAGGCCAUUGGCGAAAUACCCGAGAAUCUGCCCAAAGGACUGUACAUGUACGGCGACGUUGGCUCCGGGAAAACCAUGCUGAUGGACCUCUUCUUCGACACGCUACCUCCGAACAUCACAUCCAAGACUCGCAUCCAUUUCCACAACUUUAUGCAAGACGUCCAUAAGCGACUACACAAGGUCCGCAUGCAAUAUGGCAACGAUUUUGACGCCGUGCCUUUUAUCGCCGCAGAUAUCGCCGAAACUGGCCAAGUCCUCUGCUUUGAUGAGUUCCAGGUGGUUGACGUGGCCGAUGCGAUGAUCCUCCGUCGUCUGAUCGAGGCACUCAUGUCGCAUGGCGUCGUCCUGGUCACGACCUCGAAUCGGCAUCCCGACGAUCUCUACAAGAACGGAAUCCAGCGCCAGUCCUUCAUCCCCUGCAUAAAUCUCCUGAAGAAACAACUCAAAGUCAUCAAUCUUGAUUCACAGACCGACUAUCGCAAGCUCCCACGGCCACCUUCAGGAGUAUACCACCAUCCGCUCGACCGAGCGGCCGUCUCUCACGCCAACAAAUGGUUCCGGUUCCUGGGCGAUCCAGAAAACGAUCCGCCUCAUCCCACGACCAUCACCGUUUGGGGCCGCGAAGUACCAAUCCCGCUCGCCUCGGGUCGUUGCGCCAAGUUCACUUUCCACGAUCUGAUCGGUCGCGCGACCGGUGCGGCGGACUACAUUGAGAUGAUGCGUAGUUUUGAUGCGUUCAUCGUCACCGACGUGCCGGGAAUGACCCAUCGAGAACGCGACUGGGCCAGGCGGUUUAUCACUUUCAUCGACGCGGUGUACGAGUCGCACGCGAAGCUGGUCCUCACGACCGCGGUGCCCCUCUCUCAGCUUUUCGUGUCCAAGACCGAGCUCGACGAGUCGUUGAACAAAGUCGCGCACAAGGUCCAGACGGAAAAAUCCGGCGCCUCCAAAGAAGAGCAUGCGGUUGUGGAGGAAGUCAAAAAGGCCUCGGAGGGCCGAGGGGGACGCGAGGAGGAAGGCGCGGACGUCGACGACGUGAUGCGCAACCUCAUGGACGACCUGGGGAUGAACAUGAGCAUGUUGAAGCAGAGCUCCCUCUUCAGCGGCGACGAAGAACGGUUCGCCUUUGCACGGGCGCUCAGUCGCUUGAGCGAAAUGGGGAGUCAAGAGUGGGUGGAACGCGGGCUGGGUCUGGAGAAGAGGGGAGGUUUGGAGGAGAAGGAGGGAUGGCAAAGAGUGCGAAGCAGAUGGAGGGAGGACAGCCUCUGAUUGUUUUCAAGCCAGGGCUAUUCUUAUAUUAUAGACAGCACGCGAGAGAAGCGAUACGAGCUUGCAGGGCGCCUGGGUUGAAAGUGUUUGGUACAUACACCACGGUACAGAUUUGGUUGAAGACGAGUAAGUUCAAAUCGAUGACUUUUCCAAGACAUCACGAAUUAGGUAAGCCAGCCUAGAUCCGGUAUUAUAGCAAGUCGAGUUGGGUAUUGGGUGGAGACAAGUGUUGCUCACAUAGGGAGUCUUUUCAGGCGUUUUCGUUGUGGUGGGCGUCACUACCUUUGGUUCGCCGGGGUGAAAUGUGACAGCUCAUUCACCUGCAGGAGGUUUGUUCGUCACGCAUCGAACAUUGCGCCUUGCUCUGCCGAAUAUUGGGCAUCCCUUCUCAGACGUCCAUGAAAACACCUUGGUGCACGGACGCCAAUCAUCCCAUGGCCUUCGGGGGAAUCUUCUAGGCCUUGCGAUAUAAAGUGCUCGUAACGGUCGUCAUGCCAUCUCCCACGACCAAGGCAGCUCGCGAAUGGAUUGUGAUAGUGGUUGGGGCUGCCACUGGAGCGGCG